AUGUUCAAAAAUACCUUUCAAACUGGAUUUUUGUCGGUUCUAUAUUCGCUUGGAAGUAAACCAUUGCAGCUGUGGGAUAUAAAUGUUGACCAGGGGCACGUAAAACGAGUUGGCGACAACGAUAUUUCCUCCUCCGUGAUCGAAAUCGACUCCGAAAAACUAGCCGAAACCUACAUCAGUUGUCCGACCAAUGCUUCCGACAAUUUGGGAAUUACUUUGCCCUACAUAAUUCUAAUUCAAAUCACCGACGACAAGAAUAUAACCAGGCGCUUUCGAUCGUCAAAUUAUCAAUCAACGACUCGGAUAAAACCGUUUAUUUGCACGAUGCCCCUGAGGAUGGACGAUGGAUGGAAUCAGAUUUGCAUCAACUUGAAGGAUUUUUGCAAAAGAGCGUAUGGAACAGAAUACAAAUGUACUGAUAGAAUAACGAUUCAUUCCUCCUGCAGACUUAGACGCAUUUAUUUCUCCGACCGGCUGUAUUCUGAAGAUGAGCUGCCAGCCGAGUUCAAACUGUAUCUCCCCGUGCAACAGUCAUCCGAGACCGCUGCUAACUGA